AGGUCUAGGCUAAGACCCAACGCCGUUGAACCACGCCUCCAAAUUGUUUCAUUCUCCAUCCCGAGCACACUUCAAGGAAGCUUGUGGCGUAUACACACAAUUGUGAGAAGAUUGACACAAAGAUGGACUAUCAGAAUUUUACAUACUCGGACACCGUGCCACUUCCAGUCUAUGUGGAAACUUCAUCCAUCGAUGGCAUGAUCGAUCCAAAUCUCAAACCCUCUGCUUCUCCAUGGACCCCUUCACAGAUUCACCGUUACUUGGCAGAACACAACAAAUCCACGAUCUUCAACUACGCGGAGGUCGAUCCAAUUUUCCAUGAGACCAUAAUCCGGAGAGGCGACAGUACAGGGCCACUCUCAUGCGGCCUACCUCAACGUCGAGACUCACCAUCGUUCUCCUCUCACACAUCGUCAACAGGCAGCAGUAUCUUGAGCCCACCCGGAGAGGGUGACUACUACCAACCACAUUCGCCGCCAACGCCCACUGAUACGUCGAUCAUGUCUCCGUUCUUCAAUCAAUUUGAAAGCCCCAGCUCUCGAGCUCAUCUAUACCAGUACACGGGUCUUGCCGACGAUUGUGUGAAGCCAAUCGACAUUAACCCCUACCAAGAAUCCCCUGAGAACUAUUUUGAUGACAGCAACCCAAGGUCAGAGUUCCCUUCGAGAGGUUAUAGUAUGUCAACCGACGACAGUAGUGCCUGUAUGGACAUGUGUAGCAUACGGGAGCAAACCGGAUCUCGACGGCUUAUGAGCCCUGAGGAAUCUGCGCCGAAUGUGAAAGAAGAAAUUCGCAUUCCUGAGCCCAUCUCGACUUACGCUCCGUACGAGUCAGAUGACGAAAUGGUGUCCGGUGAUGAAGCCGAGACUCUCAUUUUGAAGCACGAAGAUAGAGAAGACGACGAGUACAAACCAUAUCAGAAGCCGAAGAAGACAAAGGCCAGCACAAGCCGGCCUAUUAGGAACCGAAAGCGACAGGGCAGUCCAGGGCCUACGCCGGAAGCGAAACGACCCAAGAUUGAUCUCGGUGACUCGAGCACGAUUGGUAGGCCCACCGUCAAACAUGUUAUCCAAGGAGCAAAAGGCAGCUUCUCCUGUACCGAGUGCUCAAAGAAAGUCUCCUUCAAGGAUGAGAGCGGCCUGCAAAAUCACAUCAAGAAGCAACAUACCCGACCGUUUGUCUGCGUCUUCGGCUUUGCGGGCUGUAAUUCCACAUUUGCCAGUAAGAAUGAGUGGAAACGGCAUUGCUCUUCGCAGCACCUUGUUUUGAACUAUUGGAUCUGCCAACAGGACCAAUGUUCCAAGGUUUCGAGCAAAGCUACAGCACCUGUCCGUGGUCGCCUUACCCCCCCUUCCUCUCAGAGCCCCUACAUACCUGCACUUCCCCGCGGGACCAUCUUCAAUCGCAAGGACCUUUACACCCAACAUCUGCGACGCAUGCAUAUCCCGGCGACUCUUAAGAAGAAUGUCAAACAAAGGAAGCCUUCGCCUGAGUGGGAAGCACGCGAGCGCGCACAUCAGGAAGAGGCAAAAAGAACACGAUGCAACCUCCCAACUCAUAUGCAGUGCCCAGCCAUCGGUUGCAGUGCCCGCUUUGACGGUACGAAUGCUUGGGACGAUAGAAUGGAGCACGUUGCCAAGCAUCUCGAGAAGGCCGCCACCGGUUCAGAGCCGCCGAUCGAAUUCGGUGGAGAAAACGACAAGACUCUCGUCGACUGGGCUACUCGCGCCGAAAUUGCAAUCAUUGAAAAGGGAGUAAAAGGAAGAUGGGAACUACGCAAUCCCUUGAAGCCUAGUGGCAGCCCGAUAGUUGAGGCGACGGCGGACCAGGAAGGGUACGAGGAUGCCGAGGGUGAGGAGGUUGAUGAGUGAUAGCUCCAACAGGACCUAUUCAUAUUAUUUUUUACCUACCUGUCCAUACCAGGGUAGUCGGGGUUAGUAAGGAAGUAUAUAUCCUCAUACCUCGACGUCGAGUAGGGUACUCUGAUGGAAAGGUGGCUUGGACUAUCUAGGGAUUUAUAAUGACCGGGGUAAAUAUCCAAUUCUACAGGAAAGGGCUUGGGAUCUAUAGAACCGUCGAGUUCGGGGACAUGUACAACCACCUACGAUGUUACGAGAUAACUAUCCUGGCUAUCGAAAUUGAAGGCACGCACGGAUAGUCGUGAAGGCCAUAUAAAGUUCUGUACAAAAUUGUAUAGGCGCAUAGAGCUUAUGCUAUACAUUACGCGUUCUAAAUGAUAUAAUAAGAGGUCGUUAA